AUGGCGUCCGCCCGUCCCUCACGCUCCCGGAGCGGAGCCCUGUGCUGGCAACUGCUGCUGACCCUCUCGAUCUUAACAUUUGCCUGUGAUGCCUGCAAAAAAGUCAUACUACAUGUUCCCUCCCAACUAGAUGCUGAGAAAUUUGUUGGUAGAGUUAACCUGAAGGAGUGCUUUCAAUCUGCAAAUCUAAUUCAUUCAAGUGAUCCUGAUUUCCAAAUUUUAGAAGACGGUUCCAUCUAUGCAACAAAUGCCAUUCUUUUGUCAUCUGAGGAGAGAAGUUUUACCAUAUUACUUUACAACACUGAGAACCAUGAAGAAAGGAAACUGCAUGUUCUUUUACAGCAUCAAACAAAGGUAUUAAAGAAGAGGCAUUUUAAAGAAAAAGUUCUAAGACGUGCCAAGAGAAGAUGGGCUCCUAUUCCUUGUUCAAUGCAGGAGAAUUCCUUGGGUCCUUUCCCACUUUUUCUUCAACAGAUUCAAUCUGACAGUGCACAAAACUACACUAUAUUCUAUUCCAUAAGAGGACCUGGGGUGGACCGAGAACCUAUGAAUUUGUUUUAUGUGGAGAGAGAUACUGGAAACCUAUAUUGUACUCGUCCUGUAGAUCGUGAGGAGUAUGAAUCCUUUGAGCUAAUUGCCUUUGCCACAACUCCAGAUGGAUAUACUCCAGAGCUUCCCCUGCCCUUGGUAAUCAGAAUUGAGGAUGAAAAUGAUAACUAUCCAAUUUUUACAGAAACAACUUACGUUUUUACAGUUUCUGAAAAUUGCAGAGUUGGUUCUACUGUGGGACAGGUAUGUGCGACGGACAAAGAUGAACCUGACACGAUGCACACGCGUCUCAAGUACUCCAUCAUCGAGCAGUUGCCAGCAUACCCCACGCUCUUUUCCAUGCAUCCAACUACAGGCGUGAUCACCACGUCCUCAUCUCAGCUAGACAGAGAGCUAAUUGAUAAAUACCAGUUGAAAAUAAAAGUACAAGACAUGGAUGGUCAAUAUUUCGGUUUGCAGACAACUUCAACUUGCAUCAUAAAUAUUGGAGAUGCAAAUGACAACUUGCCAACUUUUACCCGUACUUCUUAUGUGACGUCAGUGGAAGAAAAUACAGUUGAUGUGGAAAUCUUACGCGUUACUGUGGAGGAUAAGGACUUAAUGAAUACUGCUAAUUGGAGAGCGAAUUAUACCAUUUUAAAGGGCAAUGAAAAUGGGAAUUUUAAAAUAGUAACAGACCCCAAAACCAAUGAAGGAGUUCUGUGUGUGGUUAAGCCACUGAAUUAUGAAGAAAGACAACAGGUGAAUCUACAGAUUGGGGUAGUUAAUGAAGCUCCGUAUUCUAAAGAGGCUAGUUCACGAUCAGUCAUGAGCACCGCGACAGUUACUGUUAAUGUAAAAAAUCAGGACGAGGGCCCUGAGUGUAGCCCUUUGGUGCAAACCGUUCAAAUUAAAGAAAAUGUGCCAGUGGGAACAAAGAGCCGUGGAUAUAAAGCAUAUGAUCCCGAAACAAGAAGUAGCAGUGGCAUAAGGUAUAAGAAAUUAACUGAUCCAAAAGAGUGGGUCACAAUUAAUGAAAACGAAGGAUCGAUCACAGUUUUCAGAAACCUGGACAGAGAGGCAGAAAGUGUCAGAGGUGGCAUAUAUAAUAUCACAAUUCUUGCAUCAGACAAAGAUGGGAGAACCUGUACUGGAACACUGGGAAUUAUACUUGAAGAUGUGAACGAUAAUGGCCCCGUGAUACCAAAACAGACAGUAGUAAUCUGCAAACCCGUCCUGGCAUCUGCGGAUAUUGUUGCCGUCGAUCCUGAUGAGUCUGCGAAUGGCCCACCCUUUGACUUCCGUUUGGACAGUGAUGCUGAUUCAAACAUAGAAAGAAAGUGGAGAUUGAGAAGAAUUAACGAUACGGCAGCUCGUCUUUUCUUUCAGGAGGACCUUCCAUUUGGAACAUAUCAAGUACCUGUCAGAGUUACAGAUAGACAUGGCGUGUCACUCAUUACUCCACUAACUGUUAAGUUAUGUGACUGUGUUACUGAAAAUGACUGCACGCUUCGCACUGAUCCAAGGAUCGGCCACGGAGAAGUGAGACUUGGAAAGUGGGCCAUCCUUGCCAUAUUGUUGGGCAUAGCCUUGCUCUUUUGUAUCCUGUUUACCUUAGUCUGUGGGGGUACUGGGGCAGCUAAGCAGCCCAAAGUAUUUCCUGAUGAUUUAGCCCAGCAGAACCUCAUUGUGUCAAACACGGAAGCUCCAGGAGAUGACAAAAUAUGUUCCACCAAUGGUUUCACAACGCAUACUGUGGGCAGUUCUGCUCAGGGAAUUUGUGGUACCAUGGGAUCAGGAGUGAAAAAUGGAGGGCAGGAGACCACUGAAAUGGUGAAAUGUGGACACCAGACCCUGGAUUCGUGCCGGGGAACUGGGCACCAUCACACCCUGGAUUCCUGCCGGGGAGGACCUGUGGAGGUGGACAACUGCCAAUAUACCUACUCCGAGUGGCAUAAUUACACUCAGCCUCGUCUUGGUGAAAAGGUGCAACUGUGUAAUCAGGAUGACAAGCAUAGACAUGCUCAAGACUAUGUCCUGACGUAUAACUACGAAGGCAAAGGAUCGGUGGCUGGUUCUAUAGGUUGUUGCAGUGAACGACAAGAAGAAGAUGGGCUUGAAUUUUUGGAUCAUUUGGAACCCAAGUUUAGGACACUAGCAGAAGCAUGCAUAAAGAGAUGAGUGUGUUCUGAUAAGUCUACAAAAGCCAGUGGCUUUAUCUCCUUCCCACCCACGCUAUUUUCAUUACAGCCCAUGUUUUUUAAAAAAUUGGAUAUGCUGUUUCAGGUUUUC